AACUUCGGGACUGCAUAAUAACUGCCCACACCGACUGCGGAGUAUCCCUAUCUAUCAUCUUCACGAGACUUCUACAUCUGCAAUGUAAAUCUGCACUACCUUGCUAUUGCAGCUAAAUAUUCUGAAGUUAUACUCAGUUAAUAUCAAUCCGUUCACAGAUUUGAAUUAAGGUAAAGAAAAUGGCUGGAUAUUAGACAAGCCUGUUUCCAAAUUCGAAGUAGGCAAAAGUGGACAACAUUGAUCACUUUGAAGCGCCUGGGGUUGAGAAGAAUAGAACAAUAAAAGUAGCUGAGGACAAAAUCAAGGGUAGUAUGAACUUGCUGGGUUGGGAGGAGGAAAAUUAUGAACAACAUAUGGACAGACAGCAGAAGGGUGGGGCACAGUGUCGACACACUGCAGGAGAAAAGGGAGAGGAAUAAUAAGCUCAAGCAGAAUGAAAUAGAAAAACAGAAAGAAGAGGCUGUGUUUGAAAAUAUGAUUGUGUUUGAAGCUAACAAGUAUAGAAUAAAGAAGCAAUUGAAGAUAAGAAAUGAUGAAAACCAUGAUAUAAAAGAAAAUAAAGAUAAAAAACAUAACAAUUCAGGAGGGCAAGACCCAUGUGAGCUUGUCCCAGAGUAUGAUGGGAGGGCUAUAUUGCUGUUUCCAAAUGCCUAUGCAUGUGAUUGUGACCUGAGAGAAAUAGGCUUACCAGAACAUUGCAUAUUUGAAUAUCCUCCUAGUGAUGUGGCAGAUAAACAGGACAUUGCACUUAAAGAGGCAGGCACACAUGAAAUUCACAAUGCUAUGAAUAAGGAGCCUACAAUAGUGAUGGAGGAGGUACAUACCUCGCCAUGUGGUGGGAAAGUACAGGAAUAUCAGAUGUCAUCUGAUGCGGCAGGGUUGUUAUUCACAGUAAUUACCAAAUCAGAAAUAAUGAGUGAGUCUGUAAAAAAGCAAGUGAGAGCAGUGGAGAAAGAUCUGGGAGUAGGAGUUGAGAAGAAGGUACUUGACAAAUUAAGAACAUAUAGGGCACCUAUAAAAGAGUGUGGUGGUGAGGAGCUUACUGAAACUCCAGCGUCAAACAAGGGACUAAAUGUAGAUGAAGGGAAUAUUUAUGUAGAGAAGCUUGAAACAAAGACACAAUUAGGCUCUCAGGUCACUUCUGAAUGUUAUAGACAGCAGGUGGGGGCUGAGAUGGAGGUGGUUCAGGUGGAGAAUGAAGAAAUUGAAAUUGCUAGAGACAUUGAUGUAAAUGAUGAUGAAAAUAGGAUAAUGCUAGAUUCUUAUGCUGGGAAUGAAUGUCAGGAUAAGAUCAAUGGAAGUUUGAUUGAUGAGUUGUCACUUUGUGAGAUAGAUGAAGCCUAUAAGUUUCAAACUGUAGAUCAGAAUCUUUUAGAAUUUCAAGGUGUAAUUAACAGAGAAUGCGUGGAUGAAUUUGGUGAAGUAGCAUGGAAUGCGUCACAGGGUUUUACACAAUCUUCUAUAGACAUUCUACAAUCAAAUGAUGUAGAAUUAAUUGUCAAUGACCUAGGUAUCAUCAAAUCUGUCGAUGUAGUAAAAAAGGCAGAUAGGGAGCUGAAACCUUUAGAAGAUACUCAAACUGACAAAAAACAUCCAAAACAUAAGAAUAUUGGCAAUGCAAAUGUUUCAAUUAGAUCUACGCCUGUGGGGGGAAUAGAUGAAGAUACAAUUACAGUUAUAGACUGGAAGCAAGAUUGUCCAGUCCUCAAGGAGAAUGAUUCUGAGAUAGAAACUCAUGAACUACUUGAUGCUACUUUUGCAGAAGAGAAACAACAUCCAAAUAAAGUUUCUACAGUUGGAUUUCAGAUAAGGGAAAUAAUGGAGAAUUCAGAUAAUGCAUACAAAUCCCCAUUCAAUAGGAAAUCUUUGUCAGAGUUUGACUUUCCAGUCUGGUCUCCCAAGGCUUUCAGUGGAGUUGUGGAUGUUAGACCAAAGUCGGGAAAUUUUGGAGAUGAUGAUACUGAAAGUGAGGAAGAAGAUGACUUGCAUGCAAAUGUGACUGCUUUACUUCCUUCCAACAGUUCAUUGGUGCCUGGUGCAGCAUGCCCUGCUGGCAUUGAAUCCGCUGUUCAUGCAUUGGGGCAUGUUCCACCUAUAAUGCAUCGUUUUCUACCAAAUGUUUUUUCAGUACCUGAAUCAUCAUCAUCUCCAAUGAACAAGAACAAUGAGUUAAAUGAGACACAAGAAAAGCUUCAGGUGCUUAGAGUGAAGUUCCUAAGGCUUAUGCACAGGUUUUGCCAGACUCCAGACAAUUUUGUGGUCGGACAGGUGCUGUACAGACUUGGACUUGCAGAGCAGCUGUGGUGGAGCAGGAAUUCUCGCCGAACUGGACCUUUCAAAUUUGACACAAGCAAUUUGAUUGCACAGGAGCUGGAAGCAUCUCAGCGGGAAGAUUUGGAUUUUACUUGUACAAUACUGGUUCUUGGGAAAACUGGAGUUGGUAAGAGUGCAACCAUCAAUUCAAUCUUUGGUGAGGUGAAAUCUGAAACCAAUGCAUUUAGGGCAGGGACUAAAGUGACACAGGAGAUUGUGGGGACUAUUAAUGGGAUCCAGGUGAGAGUGAUUGAUACACCUGGGCUUCUUGUUUCCUGUUCUGAUCAAUCUCAAAAUGGUAAGAUCUUGGCAUCAGUAAAGCGUUUCAUUAGGAAAACACCUCCAGAUAUUGUCCUCUACAUUGAUCGGCUGGAUAUGCAGAGCAAAGGCAAGGAUGAUCUCCCUUUGUUGUGCACUAUAACAGAUGCCUUUAGACCUGAAGUUUGGUCCAAUGCCAUUUUAGUCCUCACACAUGCUGCAUCUGCUCCACCUGACGGUCCUUAUGGAACUCCCAUAAGCUAUGAAACAUACAUAUCUCAGCGUUCUCAGGCAGUACAACAAACAAUCCGCCAGGCUGCAGGAGAUAUGCAGCUUAUCAAUCCAGUAUCCUUGGUAGAGAACCAUACUUCAUGCAGGACUGAUAGGGUAGGUCAAAGGAUUCUGCCAAAUGGGCAGAUUUGGAAGACUGACUUGUUGUUACUUUGCUUUGCAUCCAAAAUUCUGGCUGAGGCAAGUUCACUCUUGAAGUUGAAAGAUGGCAUGCAUGAGAAGCCAUUGGUAACUCAUGUAACAGCUCCACCAUUGCCUCUAUUUCUUUACUCUUUGCUGCAAUCAAGAUCUCAACUAAAGCUGCCUGAAGAGCAACUUUGGGAUGUGGAUGUUUCUGAUGAUGGCCUUGAAGAUUCAUCAGAUCUGGAGGAAGAGUCUGAGUAUGACAAGCUACCUCCUUUAAAACGAUUAACAAGGUCCCAGAUUGCUAGAUUAGAUAAAGAGCAGAAGAAAGCCUAUUUUGAUGAGGUAGACUACAGGGAAAAGUUAUUCAUGAAGAAACAGUGGAAAGAUAAGAGGUGUCAGCGGAGGUCUAUGAAGAAGAUAAAGACUAGGGAGAAAAAUGAAAAAUACAAGAAGCACAUGGAAGAGGAAGUUGGUACAGCUGAAUUGACACCUAUAUCUAUGCCAGAUGUGGCAUUGCCACCUUCUUUUGAUGCCGAUUCUCCUGCGUACAGGUACCGUUUUCUUGAUACGGUGAGUCAGUGGUUGGUACAGCCAGUUCUGGAAAGUUAUGGGUGGGAUCAUGAUAUUGGCUAUGAAGGGUUGAAUUUAGAGAAGACUUUUGUAAUUGGGAGCAAAAUUCCUGUUUCAAUUUCAGGUCAGGUUAUAAAGGACAAGGAUGAGGCUAACCUGCAGUUAGAAUGUGCUGCUUCCGUUAAGCAUGGAGAAGGAAAAAUGACAUUGGCAAGGCUUGAUAUUCAGAACAUUGGCAAGGAAGUGUCUUAUACCCUACAUAGUGAAACAAGAUUUAGUAAUUUCAAAUACAAUAAGAUCAAAGCUGGGAUGGCCUUCACUCUGUUAGGGGAUUCCUUGUCAGUUGGUAUGAAGCUUGAGGAUAUCUUGAUGAUUGGCAAGAGGUUCAAGGUAGUUUUAAAUGGGGGUACCAUGUCUGAUCGAGGAGGCCUAGCUUAUGGUGGAAACUUGGAAGCUACCUUGAGAGACAAGGACUAUCCAAUUGGUGGUAAGCUUGCUACCUUGGGACUCUCUGUAAUGAACAGCCAUGAAGGUCUUGCUUUUGGAUUCAAUUUGCAGUCGCAUUUUGGUAUUGGAAGGAAUACGAGUAUGGAUGCUUGUGCAAACUUCAAUAGAAACGGUAAAGGACAAGCUAGUGUGUGUAUAAGAAGCUUUGAACAACUUCAAAUUGCUUUGGUUGGUGUCAUUCCUAUCAUUAAGGCCCUAAUUGGUCACAGGUUCUUCUCAUGGCUUUCAGUAGACAGAACACUAAGUCCUAAAUCCUUUUGUGAUUGCUAGUGGCAUAGCAUUUUGUAAGCAAUUGGGUCCUAUUGCCAGUGCAGUAGGCAUUUGAGUGAGCAGUCAUUUGAAUGGGGAACCUUUAAAGGCUACUCAUGCUCUUAUGACUUUUAUACUUCUGAUAGAGCAUUGUUUCCAGUUGAGUGUCAAUUGCUGAAGAUAAAUUUUGUACCUAUAUUUGUCAUAGGAUUAUGGAUAGUAUCCAUACCAAAAUCUUGAUUUGAAUUGAAGUGAUAUUUCAAUCAAAUUGAAUAUUAGUCAUUAUGGGCAGAUCUGAUUGAGUUUAAGCUUGCUGGCAAACACAAGAACCAAAGUUGGUGUACCUGCAGGUAAAGAAAACCAUGUUUGAAUAACUGACUUCAGAUUGAUCUAUUUAUUCCGAGGUCCUCAAAGGUCAGUGGUAUUCAGCUGGGAGAACAGUGUUUAAUAAUAAAUUAUGAGGUCGCUACAAUAGUUAUGAAUGCGUAAGAGAUGAAUUUUAAAAGUUAUUGUUCUUUGUGGGGUUAUUUCUGGUAGUAUAAAAGCCAGGCAUUUCCUGUAAAUAGGAGCAAUCUGUGUGCAACCAUCUAUGAAAUUUAUCAAAGGAAGGCUUGUAGUUAGUGUCA